AUGAUGAAAUUGGCUCUUUUCUACUUGGUUGCAUGUGUUUUCUGUCAUCUGCAGAUAGUUUCAUGUAACAGAAGACGUCCUGAUACAAGUGUGAAGGAGCACGGAAGUGUACCGAAAGGAUUCGGUGACAGUAGAGCUUCUGACCCAAGUGUGAAGGAGCAUGGAAGUGUACCGAAAGGUUUCGGUGACAGUAGAGAUAUAACUGAUGAACUCAUGAACGAUUUCUUCUAUUACCCAGAUAAAAGUGUUAAAAAUCCAGGAUUUACUUUUAGUACCAAAGAAUGGGGUGAGUUCAAUGUAAUAACAGAGUUUUUGAAAGCAAACGAUGAGCUCCAGCCUUUUUAUGACUAGGGCCUCAAAGAAUUUAGGUGUAUGACUCAAACAUAUACAUUUAUAUAUAUAUAUAUAUUGGUCUAAAAUCAACUUUACGACUCGUCCCUAUAAUGUGCUUUAGGACGGAUAAUGUUGGGUAUCUAUUUUUUUCAGGUUCACUUGAGUUAGGUGAUUCCAUCUGUGUUUUUUUCACCUACUUAAGAAUAUAAUCCUAACCUGCAGAGAUCUAUGGGUCCUCCUAAGUGUAAGUGUCACACACGCCACAUACAUGUAAACUGGCAAACAUAUCGGGGUGUGGUGACAUGAUUAUCCAAAUGCUGUGAGUAUUUACAGAACAGCAUUAAUUUCAUAUUUGGUAUGAAAAUGACGUUAUCUGCAUAGUAAGCUCUAGAGAGUGUCGCUCUACGCCUCUGUUCAGUUAUCAGACUUUGGAGCGCUAUAUAAACAUCUAUUUUAAAGCUGAUGAAAUUGAUGCAGCGUUAUCUUUGAUGCUUCUAUGGCGUUUAAAGGAUAGGUAUUACCCCAUGUAAUAUUAGGAAUUCGCAUUUACCCUUAAACGGUAUCCUCAGUAGGGAUAUUUUGAAUACGCCUAAACAAACACUGAACUAAUGUUUUCUGUUUUUCAAAACAAGAUACAGGCAGUUCUGCGAAGAGACUAUUUUCGGUGAAUUCAUUUUCUUUAGCUGUAAAGUCACAUUUAUGUACAGUUCUUCAUGAAAGAGGGUAGUAAGAAAAGUAAUAAGCUGUCAUAAUCAAUGCAAAAGAGUUGAAUUACGUAAUAAGAGGAGUAAUGCACAUAGAAAUGAAGGAAAGCAUGAAAUUACGCAAUAGUUCCGAAGAAAUACGAGAGGUAUAAGGGGGUUAGCGAGAAAAUGAAUUUGUGGAAAACAUGUGGAACCAUGCAUCUUGUAUUUUAUUACUCUUCGGACGGGAAUUUUUCGUGAAGCAAUGCUUUUUAUACUACAGUGGAUGUGGUAAGAGCUGCCUGCAAGCCAAAAAUUGGUCAGGAGAGAAAACAAGAAGAAAGCCUACCUAACCUUGAGGGGCUCAACAACCAAUCACAGAAGACUUAGCGUGGGCACAUAAGAUUAGCAAUGUAUGGUCUGACCUUCAAAGAAAUGGCCACAAAGAGAUGACAGAAUAACCUUCAGCAGGAAAACAACCGAUCAGAAGGCGUUAACUUUCUGCUAACAAUAACGCUAAUAAUAAUAUACAUAAAAAUCUAUAAGUAUCUCUUGAUUUUCUCAAAAUAAACAAUCUGUUGCCUAGCCCUUGUCUUCUGUCGUUACACGAACACAUGCCAUCUAGCAAAUGAAGCGUAAAAUCUAUUCUGAAAUACUCAUUAGAACAUGGUGUCUAGAUUCAUCUUCACCAUUUUCCAUUCUACGCCCUUCCAACUAGCAAAAAAUUGAUUAAACUGUGUGACACUGUUCUCUGAAAUACUAACUCUCAUCUGAGCUCACACAAUACUGGUAGUAUGCACUGAAUAUUUCUUCCGGUAGGAGGUAAAAAGGGGCAUAAUUUCCAUUCUCUGUUCAAACAACAACCUAAUGAUUUAAUAUGUAUAAAAGAACUUCUAUUGUUGAUAAACUAUUGAAUUAAUACACACCAAUUAUAUAAAAUAUGUUAUUGGUUGAAUUCAGCCUAUGAAUUUAAAGCACUAU